GCGCUGGCGACGCAAUGCAUACACUGUAUCCACGUGCGCAAUGCAGCAAGGAGGACAUCAUUGCCCUUGCGCUUGAACAUGGGAGCAUGAGCUGGGAGCAUGGCCGUUCGUCGAACGUGGAAGCGUCGUUACGAGAGCAACGUCCUCGUCGUCUUCUCCGGCCAGCGAAGCUUCGAUAAAACGCUGGGCUUCCUAACCUUCCAGUCGCUCUCCCUUUCGUCGCCCGAUCAUGUUCCUGCUCGUGGUCGUUCUCUGCGCUGCGUGGGGCGGUGUCGCCGGUGACAUGUGCUGCGGCACGUGCCUCAACGGCGUCACCAACUUUGCCGCCGAUGCGAUGCAGUACCCUGCGUGCGAGGCCAUUCAGUACUGCUGCUUCAACUGCGACAAGACGCCGCUGGGGGUGCCGACGAUCUUGCCGACGGCCGGCGUCACGUUCGACGGCACCGCGAUCGGGGCGACGACCGGCCAACUUCUCCAAAUCCAGUGGCCAAGCGCAGCGACCGUCACGUAUGUGACCUUUGCACCCAACCAAGCCAAGACGGGCCUAGCGCUCGCCACGUCACCAGCCGCGACCAAGUCGGGCACGAAUACCUUUAGCAUCUGCCCGCAGUACCCAGGCACGCUCUACUUUCGCGGGUUUGGCGCCGACAUUUGCAACUCCGUCUCGACCGAGACCAAGGUCACGGUGACGGGGACGUCUGGCGCCGUGUGCUCGACCUUUCCAGCUACGACGCUGUCGCCGACGCCCAGCGGCAGUAGCACCACGACCCCUGAACCGACAAGCAGCACCAAGUCGCCCGCCAAUAACAACGUGGCGUGCAACACGAUUCGUGGUGUUGUCGUCGACGGCCAGUGCCAAUGCGUGUCCGACUGGUCGGGGCCACCCGAGUGUUCGGGCACGCCGCUGUGGAAGACGCUCAUCACGAUCGCUGGCGGGCUUGCGGCGGCGGUACGCACGCCGCUCCUUGUCGCCUUUGGCCGAAAGGAAUACUAUGGAAUUAGCUCUCGAUUGUGAUCUCGAUCCGACACUUUCUCAUCUUGCGCAAGACCCGCGCUGCGGCGCGCCUCUCCAACGCCGCCGACAACGGCAGCAAGCACAUUGAGAUGGAGGUCAUGCAAAUGUCCCCAAAGCGUCAGUCGUCCGCCGGCGACGCCGCGUUUGACGGCCAUGCGAGUCCGUCGCCGUCGCCCAAGCACAAGGAAGUGACUCUCUAAGAAACGCGAGCGCCAAUAGCCUAUUUAUUGCGCUCCGACCAAUUCUAGUCUUGCGCAAAUCAAUUGUAUUGUACAAUUGUACAAUUUACAAUGGCGCACCCAACGACACGCUGUCAUCG